AUGAUUGACCCAAUUGAUAAAAUUAUUGAAGAAACAUUUGUUUAUAAAAUUGAUAUGCUUCAUAAUCUUUCUUUAUCAUCGAAUGCUUCAAUGAUUCGUUACGCGUUAGCAUAUAAGAACUUCAAUCCUAACGAAACAUAUCCAGAAGAAGAAAAUGUGGAAUCAAGUUUUGAAUUAACGAAAAAGUAUUGGAAAUAUAAAAUUGAAUCAUAUAAGAAACAAGAUGAAAAAGCAGAAAGGGAUACUAAAAAUAAUGUUUCAAUGGAUGAUUUUCAAUACUAUCACGAUUUAAUCCUUUCAUCUAAAUGCAAAAUGUGUGGUAAAGCGUUUACAUAUGCAAAUAAACCAACAUUGGAUAGAAUAGAUAAUGAAAAACCACAUACUAAAGAAAAUUGUCAGUUAAUGUGUUGUUAUUGCAAUGUCGUAAAAUCAAAUAAAGAUGAAGAUGUUCAACGUUUAAGAAUCAAUUUAAGAAAUUAUGCAUUAAAAAAUAAUUUACCAAUGACUUUAGAUUCAGUUGAAGCUUAUCACAUUCUCCGUAAUGGAAUUACUGGUGGUCUAUCAAAUGUUCAACAUAGGGUAAAUCUUAAAGGAAUCACGCACAUUAAUAAACUUUCAUAUAAUCCAGAAACUAAAACUGUAUCAAAUGAGGACACUUCCAACAUCAUGACUCAUUUCGUUGGAGUUGACUUUAAUUCAUUAUAUCCUUCAUCAUUUUCAUCUAAUCCUCAUGAUUUCAUUCAAUAUACUGACCAUAAAAUGUAUAUGCCGGGAAGAUUGAAUGGUGUUAUCAUUUGUGAUACAGCAACAAAGAAAGCAAAAGCACUGGGAAUAAUUAAGAAGAAAAAUACUUUAUUCAUGGCUGAAGUAAAGGGUCACAUUGAUGAAAAAUACAUUAAUGAUUACAUUAACUUUUUACCGAUAAUAAGAAACUUAGAUAUUAUCACAGAUGAAAAAACAAUUGGCAGUUUUAUGUAUAAUUACAUGAAAUCAAACAAUUUACCAGUUGACCAGAAACAGAGAAAAUUAACUCAGUUAGCAUCAACACACAACCAAUAUCAACCAUUUUCUUCUUAUUAUCUUUGGUAUCUAAUAGACAGAUUUCAUUUUAUCAUUGAUGACAUUCAAUCAAUUUUAACAUUUACGAAAAACACUUGUUUUAAUGAAUUUGCGAACAAAUUUAUGAACGAAAGACAAAGGGCUGAAUUAGAAGGAAAUAAAGGAAAAAGUUUAUUUUGCAAGAUUUCACUUAAUGGAUCAUAUGGUUACGAUGCAAUGAAUACACAAAAUUACGCAAAGACUAAAAUAAUGAAUGCACAGAAGUCACGCGUUGCAUGUAUGUCA